CUUGAUGCUCAACUUGUUUGUGGACCUCAAGGAGCUGAAGUGUCGCUCGUCUCUGAGCUCUCUCUGUCUGGGUCACAGAGCUCAUCCAUAAGAAAAUGUCGGACACAGAAGAAGUCAUGGAGGAGGAAGUUCAGGAGGAAGAAGCACAAGAGGAGGCUACAGAUGAGUCAAAGCCCAAGCCCAAGUUCAUGACAAAUAUCACUGCCCCAAAGAUCCCUGAUGGUGAAAAAGUGGAUUUUGACGACAUCCACAGGAAGCGUCAGGAGAAAGAUCUGUCUGAGCUGCAGUCUCUGAUAGAGGCUCACUUCAUCCAGAGGAAGAAAGAAGAAGAGGAGCUCAUUGCCCUCGUUAACAGAAUCGAGAAACGUCGCGCAGAGAGAGCAGAGCAGCAGAGGGUCCGGGCAGAGAGGGAGAAGGAGAGGCAGGCCAGACUUGCGGAAGAAAAAGAGCGGAAGGAGCAAGAGGAGCAGCGUAAGAAGUUCGAUGAGGACGCCAAGAAGAAGAAGGCCCUCACAAACAUGACUCAGCAGUACACUGCUGGACAGAAGAGUGACAACAGAAGAGGAGGCAAGAAACAAACUGAGAGGGAGAAGAAGAAGAAGAUCCUGGCUGAACGCAGAAAGCCUCUAAACGUCGAUCAUCUGAAUGAGGAGAAACUCAAGGAGAAGGCCAAUGAGCUGUGGCAGUGGCUGAUGGGGCUGGAGGCUGAGAAGUUUGAUCUCAGUGAAAAACUCAAAAGACAGAAGUAUGAUAUCAACCAGCUUCUUGCUCGAGUCCAGGACCACCAGAGUGCCAAAGGACGUGGCAAGGGCAAGAUGGGUGGCCGGCUGAGGUAAAGGAGCAGCGAGACAGGGACGAAGCAGACCAUGACACGACUGAUUGGCCCAUGUGUCUAUGUGUGUAUUCAUUAUUCUGUUGUGUUGGAUUACAUGUCAAUUAUCAUGAUAUCAAAACAAUAAAUAAGUCAUUACAUCCAC